AUGGCAGCCACAUCAGAGCCUACAACAAAUCUCGCCAGCGAGUCCGAAAAAGGAAACCAACAACCUCUCAAGUUGGACCCUUCCGACUCAAAUUCUCCCCCCAAGUACGAGCACGACACGACUUCCGGUUCAGACAGCGAAGUACCCAAGGGCGAGACAAGCGAUGAGAUCGGCAACAUCUUUGAGGGUGAGGAUGGAAAAAGCUACAGAACUAUGACCCGCUGGGGUACAAUCUUUGCUCUUCUCACCAACCAAUUCGGUAUUGGCGCCCUCGGUCUUCCCAGUGCCUUUGCAACUCUUGGUCUCGUCCCUGCGCUCAUCACUCUCUUCGGUUCUGCCCUCUUGGCCUGGUACACUGGCUUUGAGCUAUAUCGCUUCUCCAUCUUGCACCCUCAGUGCGUGCACAUCAUUGACCUUGCCAAGGUUGCUGGUGGUCGAACAUGGCAAAUUAUCGUGGCCAUUGGAUUUCUCAUCCAGGUCAUCAUGUUCUGCUCCUCUGCCAUUGUCACCAUCUCAAUUGCUUUCAACACCAUGACUGAGCAUGCCAUCUGCACCGUCGGCUUUAUGGCUGUCGCUGCUGUCAUCUCAUUCCUCCUCUGCGUGCCUCGUACUGUCAAGUUCAUCUCUCGCAGUGGUCCUCCUACCGUCAUCAGUCUUGUUGGAGCCGUUCUUAUCGUCAUGAUCAGUCUUGGUUUCGCCGACCCCGUCAAGGCCCCCGAGGAUUGGAAACCCACCAUCAAGGCUUUCAACAACCCUGGAUUCCGCAACAUCUUCAACGCUGUUCUCAAGAUUGUCUUCGCUUAUGCUGGUAACCACUCAUACGUGUCGUACAUGGCUGAGAUGAAGGACCCCAAAAAGGAUUUCCCCUUCUCUCUCACCUGGUUGAUCUUCCUUACUACCGCUUUCUACACCAUGCUCGCCACCGGUAUCUACUGUCUCGCCGGCGAGUACACGACCUCUCCUGCUCUCGGAUCCGCCCCUCACAUCUACGCCAAGGCCGCCUACGGUGUUGUUCUCCCCGCAAUCUUGACUGGUGCUCUUGCAAACGGCCACGUCGGUGUCAAGUACAUGUUCAUUGUCUGCAUGAAGCAGAUGAAGGCCACUCACGAAAUCACCUCCAACAGCAUCCGAUCUUGGGCGGCCUGGAUGAUUUGCACCACCAUCUUCUGGAUCAUUUCCUUCAUCCUUGCCAAUGCCAUCCCUAUUUUCGACUCCAUCGUCUCGAUCCAGUCCGCCACCACCUACGCCUGGUUCUCCUUUGGAAUGAGUGGUGUCUUUUAUAUCGUCUCCCGCAAGGACAUCCACUUCAAGGGCGGAAAGAACAUUGCUUUCUUCGCUCUCAACGUCAGCAUCAUCCUCUUUGCCUUCUUCCUCAACGGUGCUGGUCUCUGGGCCUCAUUGACUGAGAUGCUCGAGAUUUUCGCUACUGGUGACAAUGUCAACGGUACUUUCAGCUGCGGAGACAACUCUGCAUUGUAA